AUGGCGAACGAAGAUAGAGAAAUAAAGAAUUCUGCGGCAUUGCGCUCACUUAGCGGGGAUUUAGGUCUUUUAAAUAAAACAGAUGGAUCUGCUUGCUUUUCGCAUGGCAAUACAUCAGCGAUGGCAGGAGUUUAUGGUCCUGCUGAAGUACGAUUUAAUAAAGAGAUAGUUAAUAAAGCUACUGUUGAAGUGGUGUAUCGUCCAAAAACCGGCAUUCCUGGUUGUGCUGAGAAAUCAAUGGAAAGAUUGAUCAGAAAUACUUGUGAAUCUGCUAUACUGACAUCAAUGCAUCCACGAUCAGCUAUGACUAUUGUGUUACAAGAAAUCUGCAAUGAUGGAUCUUUGAUAUCAUGUUGUAUCAAUGCAGGGUGUAUGGCAAUGUUGAAUGCUGGUUAUCCAAUGAGAUACCUUAUAGCCUCAAUUACCAUAGCGAUACUGGAUGAUGAUGUAAUUAUAACAGACCCAGAUGGCAAACAAGAAAAGAAUGCAAAAGCAGUUAUUACAUUUGCCUUUGAUUCAGUCAACAAAGAUAUAAUUCUAUUGACCAGCAAAGGAAAAUUUAGUAUAAAUCAGUUUGAGACAUGUUUGAUGGUGGCGCGUGAUUGCUCUCAGAAAAUAUUUGACUUUUAUCGAACCUCCAUUGGUCGUUUUUUGUCAAAGGAUGUGAAGUUCAUGGAUCUAAAUAUUGCAAAGCAAUAAAAAUGAUGUUGGAGAGGUUUCUUACUCUCCUAAUGGAAAAUGCGCCAUUUGUGGAUGGCUUGUCAUCCCUAAAUGAAACCUUCAUAAGAUAGAAACUCUGAAGUAACCUGAUUGUCCCAUAUCAGCACAACCUUGGAAACAACAAAGAUUUGUAAUGAAUUUAUCAAUGAUGUAAUUGUGAAAAUUAAUUACUAAUUUCUUGAUGUUCUUAAUCAACAAAGCUACAAAUGACAAA